AUGGCUGAAGAAAAGGGGGCUGGUUCACAGAUUGUUUCAGCGGCUGCUCCAAUUAUGGUGCAGUCAGAGAAUUCAAGCUUUAAUAUUGGUAUGGUUUUGGAUGAAAAGAACUAUGAUUUAUGGGCUCCUCUCAUUCAAAUUCAUAUUGCUGGAAGGAAGAAGAUGGGAUAUCUUCGUGGGUCUAUCAAGGCACCUAGCGAAGAUGAUCCUAAAUAUGAUGAUUGUAUCCAUGGGGAGUGUGAGAAUGACAUCAAAGUGUUUCAGAAAUCCACUGAGAGACAACGGGUCUAUGUGUUUCUUGGUGGUCUUGAUGAUGGGUUUGAUCAGGUGCGUGGAGAAGUGCUGCGGAAGGAUCCCCCACUUGGCCUGCAGGCUUCUUAUGCCUAUGUUCGUCGAGAAGCCGAUCGAAAGGAAGCAAUGAAGACAGAGGUUGACAAGGGGGAGUCUGCUGCCAUGGCAGCAAGGGCCCGUGGAUCAUCUAGUGGGUCGAAUCGAGAAGGGGUACAAAACCGGCCUGGAUCAACUCGGCCAAACCAGACAAGCCGGGAUCGUCCACAAGGUAAGUGCCCACACUGUGGUCUGACGGGACACUCCAAGAGUCGUUGUUUUGAGCUGAUUGGAUAUCCCGAGAAUUGGGAUAAGACCCGUGAUCCUCGGUGCAACAAAUCUCGAGCCUCCAUUGUCGAAACCAAGAAUGAUUCGGAUCAGAUAGCGGACAAGGCAUCUGCCAUGAUAGCUGCGGCAGGAAGUGAUGGACAUCCGGACGCGGAAGACGAUUGGUUAUGGUAUUAGAAGAGGGAAACUUUAUUACUUGGAGUUGACCACCAGUAGUUCUAGCUUGCUGACUCAAGCUCUUUCCGUUGAUGAUUCUCAAGGGGUUACUAAUAAAGUGUCAGACAUCUGGAUGUGGCACCGGCGACUUGGGCAUGCUUCCUUUGGUUAUCUGCAUAAGUUAUUUCCUAGUUUGUUUGUCAAGACUGAUGUUUCUCAGUUUAAGUGUGAUGUUUGUGAAAUGGCUAAGAGCCAUCGAACCUCUUUUCCUCCCAGUUUAAAUAAAAGUACUGUUCCUUU